UUUUCUGUGCCACUGCAUUAAGGUUUAACUUUACGGCCUUUAUGGUUGAGGAAUAUCAGCGGGCUGGAACACAUCUGGAUUUCAUCACUUCAGCUGUUGAAUAUUUUUCAAACCUGGAUUUGGACAACUGGAGGUUCACCAGGGAUUCCAACUCUAAACUUUGCGAUCAUUCAACCUUUUGGGACUCAUGGAUCAAAGUCCCUUGAAGCCACAUCCUGCAAUUGUGCCUGAACAGUGGGUGGACAGAGGGAAGAAAAGCAGCGCUUGAGUCAAGCUCAGCAGCAGUGGAGCAGAGGACACGGGGCAUCUGGUUGUCUAAUAAUUGAACGGCAGCUAAAGGCAGCACAGCGGAUCAUGUGCGCUGCCGCUCUGGAGGAGUACUGCGGGUCAGUCUUCUGGAAUGCUUCAUAUCUGGAUCGGGAGGAUCCAGAUCUGCCAAAAUGCGUGGAGCAGACCGUGCUGGUGUGGAUCCCUCUGGGGUUCCUGUGGCUCUUUGUUCCUCACCACCUCAUGUCCCUCUGCAGAAGAACCAGAGUAAACACAAAACACUUGACCAGGCUCUAUCUAUGUAAACAGUUUGUGGUGGCUCUGUUGUUCCUGACAGCCAUCGCGGGCUUGGCGGUCACAUUAGGAGAGGAUUUUGGUCCAAGUAGCUCAACAGUUAAAAAUGCACCUGUUUACUACACAAAUCCUGUGCUCUUUGCUGUGACAUGGAUCCUUGUGCUGCUGUGUCAGGAAGGAGUGAGGCGGAGGGAAGGAGCCGUGGACUCUGCCAGCCUUUUUCUUUUCUGGCUGUUGCUGGUUCUGUGUGACGUUUUCACUUUCCAGACUCUCAUCAGAGACGCACUAAAACUGGGAGAAGUCAGUGAUAUCCCUCGAUUUAGCCUUUUCCACAUUUCUUUUGGGUUGGAAUUGGUUGCACUUGUCCUCUCUGCUAUAGCUGAUAUCACCCCAGAGGCGAGGGAACGGGCAAAAAGGAAUCCAGAAAUAGGUGCGUCAUUUCUGAGCAGAAUCACCUUCAACUGGUUCAACAGCAUGGUUGUGACGGGCUACAAGCGACCUCUGGUUCAGGAGGACAUGUGGGAUCUGAAUGAGAAAGAUGGCACCUCUUACCUCAGCCAACGUUUUCAGCACCACAUGGAUUUUGAGUUAGCUGCGGCUCGAGUUCGGUAUCAGAACAAGUUGAAGAAACAUCUCGUGAUACACAAAGGAAGGUCUCAGGCAGAAGCCUCUGAAAAUGGCAUUUCCAACGGUUUGGGGAAAGGUGUGAGUCGGGAUGCUCUGAUGAUGGAGGACAAAGGAAAAAGCACAGAAAAGAAAAAGAAGAAAAAGGAAAAGAAGGAAGAAGACUAUCCCAAUUCAUGGUUGCUUUCGACUAUGUAUAAAACGUUCAAAUGGCUUCUGAUAGAAUCGGCAUUCUUCAAACUUCUGCAGGACUUGCUGGCUUUUGUCAGUCCUCAACUCCUUAAGUUGAUGAUCUCCUUCACACAGAACCCGAACAGUUUUGUCUGGGAAGGUUACAUGUAUGCGGUGCUGCUACUGCUGGUGGCCAUUCUGCAGUCUCUGUUCCUGCAGCAGUAUUUCCAGCGUUGCUUUGUGCUGGGAAUGAAGGUCCGCACUGCUGUGAUGGCUGCUGUCUAUAAAAAGGCUCUGGUAGUGUCUAAUGACACUCGUAAGGAGUCAACAGUUGGGGAAACGGUGAACCUCAUGUCAGCAGAUGCCCAGCGCUUCAACGACGUGACCAACUUCAUCCACCUGCUGUGGUCCUGCCCUCUGCAGAUUAUUGUGUCCAUUGUUUUCCUGUGGCUGGAGCUGGGACCUUCGGUGUUAGCAGGCCUGCUAGUUAUGGUGCUAAUGGUCCCCAUCAAUGGACUACUUGCCACACAGGCCAGGAAAUACCAGGUGCAAAACAUGAACUUCAAAGACAAGAGAAUGAAAAUCAUGAAUGAAUUACUCAAUGGGGUCAAGAUUCUGAAGCUGUUUGCAUGGGAGCCCUCCUUUCAGUCUCAGGUUGAGUCCAUUAGGGGUGAAGAGCUGAAGGUCAUGAAGAAGUUUGCUUAUUUGUCCUCAGUUUCUACAUUUAUCUUCAGCUGUGCUCCUGCUCUGGUUUCUUUGGCUUCCUUUGCAGUAUUUGUUCUCGUAAGCCCUGACAACAUUUUAACGGCUGAGAAAGCUUUCACUUCCAUCUCGCUCUUCAACAUUCUUCGGUUUCCCCUCGCCAUGCUGCCCAUGCUAAUUGCUUCUAUUGUGCAAACAGGAGUGUCUAAAAAGAGACUGGAGAAGUUUCUUGGAGGUGAAGAUCUUGAACCUGACAUUGUGCGGCAUGACCCCAGCUUUGACUCAGCCGUCAGCGUACGAAACGGUUCCUUCUCUUGGGAAAGGGAUGCAGAGCCUCUCCUGAAAGAUGUCUCACUGGACAUUGAACCUGGCCGUCUUGUAGCUGUAGUGGGAGCUGUUGGCUCAGGGAAGUCUUCUCUAAUGUCAGCCCUGCUGGGGGAAAUGCACUGCACUGAAGGCUUCAUCAACAUCAAGGGUUCCCUUGCAUUUGUGCCACAACAAGCCUGGAUUCAAAAUGCUACUUUAAGGGAUAAUAUCUUGUUCGGGUCUCCACAUGAAGAAAAGAGAUUCCAAGAGGUGAUACAGGCCUGUGCCCUUGGACCUGAUUUGAAGCUGCUGGCUGCAGGAGAACUCACUGAGAUUGGGGAGAAAGGCAUCAACCUGUCAGGAGGCCAGAAGCAGCGAGUGAGCUUAGCCAGAGCAGCUUACAGUCAGGCUGAUAUUUAUUUAUUAGAUGACCCUUUGUCUGCCGUGGACUCGCAUGUGGGAAAGCAUCUGUUUGAUAAAGUUAUUGGACCAAACGGAGUUCUCAAACACAAGACCCGUAUUCUGGUGACUCAUGGAGUAAGCUUCCUGCCCUAUGUGGAUGAAGUUGUGGUUUUGGUGGAUGGAAAGAUCUCUGAGAUUGGAUCCUAUAACAGCCUUCGGGCCAGCAAAGGAGCUUUUUCAGAGUUUUUGGACACGUAUGCCAAAGAGCAGAACAAUCAGACCAAGUCAGACAAAGAUGGUUGCCAGGAUACGGAAGACUUAGAAAUCAUCCCUGAGAGAGAGGAUACUCAGCCAGACUCUCCUCUGGAAGACACGGUUUCUUUUACUCUGAAGAGAGAGAACAGCAUCCGCCGCAGCCAGCGCAGCAGCAGUGUCAGAGUACGGAAAAAUAGUACAGUAAAAAAAUCUGAAGAUGCUAAUGAAACAAAGGCAGGACAGAGACUAAUAGAGAAAGAAACAAUGGAAACGGGACAGGUGAAGUUCUCUGUCUACCUCCAGUACCUGCGCGCCCUGGGCUGGGGGUAUACCUCUAUGGUUUUCAUCAUUUACUUUAUUCAGAACGUUGCUUUCAUUGGUCAGAACUUGUGGCUUAGUGACUGGACCAAUGAUGCAGCGGAUUACUAUAACCAGACAUAUCCAAACUGGAAGAGGGACACCAGAGUGGGUGUGUUUGGAGCUCUUGGAAUUGCUCAGGGUUUCCUUGUGUUUCUUGGCACGCUCCUCCUCGCUAAUGCUUCAGUUUCUGCGUCUCGCAUCCUUCAUUCAAGGCUGCUAAAUAACAUACUGCGUGUCCCUAUGGUUUUCUUUGACACGACGCCCGUUGGAAGGGUGGUCAACCGCUUUGCAAAGGACAUUUUCACAAUAGAUGAAGCCAUUCCUCAGUCCUUCCGCUCCUGGCUCUUGUGUCUGCUGGGUGUGCUGGGGACCCUGUUUGUCAUCUGCCUGGCCACUCCUUUCUUCACCAUCAUCAUCCUUCCUCUAGCUGUCAUCUACUUUUUUGUACAGCGCUUCUAUGUGGCCACGUCAAGGCAGCUGCGCCGCCUGGACUCGGUGUCCCGCUCUCCUAUAUACUCUCACUUUGGGGAGACAGUUUCCGGACUGUCAGUGAUAAGAGCGUACAGGCAUCAAGACCGUUUUCUUAAACACAAUGAGGUGACCAUUGAUGAAAACCUCAAAAGUGUCUACCCGUGGAUCGUCUCUAACAGAUGGCUCGCCAUUCGCUUAGAGUUCCUGGGAAAUCUGGUGGUGUUUUUUUCCGCUCUCUUUGCUGUUAUUUCUAAGGACUCUUUAGACAGUGGCCUGGUUGGUUUGGCCAUAUCCUAUGCCCUUAACGUAACACAGACCCUCAACUGGCUGGUUAGGAUGAGCUCAGAGCUGGAGACCAAUAUUGUAGCUGUGGAAAGAGUGAGCGAAUACACUGAAAUCGAAAAUGAGGCUAAAUGGAUAACUGAUUGUCGACCCCCAGAAAGGUGGCCAGAUGAAGGAAAGCUGCAGUUUAUUGACUAUAAAGUCCGUUACAGACCUGGAUUAGACCUGGUCCUGCAUGGAAUCACUUGUAAUAUUGCCAGCUCUGAGAAGAUUGGUAUAGUGGGGCGCACAGGAGCUGGUAAAUCAAGUCUGACCAACUGCUUGUUCCGAAUUAUUGAAGCGGCCGAAGGAAGAAUCCUCAUUGAUGAUGUGGACAUCUCCACGAUCGGAUUGCAUGACCUCAGAGGCAGGCUCACAAUCAUCCCACAGGAUCCAGUUUUGUUCUCUGGAACGCUGAGAAUGAACUUGGAUCCGUUUGACAAAUUCAGCGAUGAGGAGCUUUGGAAAGCGCUGGAGCUCUCCCACCUGAAGGACUAUGUAGCAGGACUGCAGGAAGGAUUACAGCAUGAAGUUGCUGAAGGAGGAGAGAACCUGAGCGUCGGGCAGAGGCAGCUGCUGUGUCUGGCUCGAGCGCUGCUCAGAAAGUCUCGCAUUCUAAUCCUGGAUGAGGCCACUGCAGCUGUUGACCUUGAAACCGACAACCUGAUACAGAACACCAUCCGCAAAGAGUUUGCACACUGCACUGUCCUCACCAUCGCUCAUCGCCUGCACAGCAUCAUGGACAGCUCCAGAGUGAUGGUGCUUGAUGCUGGGAAAAUUGUUGAAUUUGACUCACCAAGCAACCUUCUUGAAAAUCGGGGCUAUUUCUUCUCCAUGGCAAAGGAUGCUGGGAUAACACAAGAAGAAUUUUCAUCUCUGUAAUUUUGUUCUCUUGUAUUUUCACUCUUAAAAUAUAAUUUGAUUGCUUAAAUAUGUUUUUGUUUCCUUUUCAGAAUAUUAACAUUGUGAUAAGAAAUGUAUGUAUAUAAGAAACAUUUAGAAAUGCAACUGUACAUGUAAAUAAUGUUUUGUGAGAAUAAAGUAUUCUUUUUGAAAUAA